AUGAGUCGCUCGCGGCCUACCGACUGGUCUAUCCGAGAGGCGCUCGAACUGCUCGAUCGUCAGCUCCUCCCAUCCAUGCUGACCGCUCGCCGUCUUUCCAGCAAUGUAAUCCACACGGCCUUUGCUUGGUUGAUUUUGUGCAUGAGUCUUGACGCGUCGACAUUGCCGGGACUAGCCGCUAGUCUAGAUUAUGUCAAGCCUCUAGGUUGCAAGCACCUGGAGCUCUUGGACAGCGAGGGGAACACCCCAUGCCACGGACGGGGGGUCAUAUCAUGGGCGCUUAUUGAUUUGCUUCUCGCGUACGAACCUGAGCUCGCGGCCAAGGAGAACGUCAACGGGCUCACGCCGGCAGACGUUGCCGAGCAGAAGUUGUUUGCCAAGGCUGCUAAGCCUCCGCAUAUUCCACAGCAGUCGAGCUCUCGCAACCUAGGCGCAGGCGCUGUCGGAAAGGAGCCGUGGACGUUUGUGCACCAGACAGGAAAAGGAGUGCUGUUAGCGAACAGGCGGAGAAUUUAUGAGCGGUGCUGCUUAGGCGGAAGCGACGGGGACACAAGGAGGAGAAAGCUGGUGACGCUCUUUGAAGUGCGCGAGUUCGCUGCCGCGUCGCAUGCGAGGUUCCAAAGGUGCAAUCAGCGCCGGACGUGGUUGUCGCCAGAGACGGAUAAGAUUACCGAGUGGCUAGACCUGUAG